UGCGUGUGUGAUCUUAGACCUGUCGGGUUUGUUUUUUUUUCCCCCAGCCCUGUUGGCAUUUCAACGGGCCCCGGAUUUGUCAAGCCCUCGGGACUGGGAUUCAAACCUUAACACGUUCAUUUAAUUAAUUAAGAGAAAACACCGAUUUGAUACCGCUCCACCUCACGAGUACGCCGCGAAGCGCGCCUUGUGUACCGGUCUCGGACACGCGUGGAUUUUGUGCCGCCGGCGUUAGCUGUCAGGAUUUCUAUAUGUGAGAAACGGAAAAUUAUUUUUGAUACAAGAGAAGCGGUUAUUUUCCUCUCCACCCCUCCUCACAACCGCCCCAGACACGUUUGUCGCCGAGCCUCGCAGGUCCUGCGUGUUUUUUGUUUUCCAAUAAGACAAUAAGAUGUCGGGGCAGUCUAUAACGGACCGGAUCGCCGCCGCUCAGCACAGCAUGACCGGCUCGGCUAUCAGCAAGGCGGUGUGCAAGUCCACGACACACGAAGUCAUCGGACCCAAGAAGAAACACCUCGACUAUCUGAUCCACUGCACCAACGAGAUGAACGUGAGCAUCCCUCAGCUGGCGGACACGCUGUUCGAGAGGACGGCCAACAGCAGCUGGGUGGUCGUGUUCAAGGCUCUCAUCACCACCCACCAUCUCAUGAUGUAUGGGAACGAGCGGUUUAUCCAGUACUUGGCUUCCAGGAACACCCUGUUUAAUUUGAACAACUUCCUGGACAAGGGUGCCUUGCAAGGUUACGACAUGUCGACUUUCAUCAGGCGCUACAGCAGGUACCUGAACGAGAAGGCCCUCUCCUACCGGCUGGUGGCUGUGGACUUCACUAAGAUGAAGAGAGGGAUCGAUGGGGUGAUGCGCACCAUGAACACGGAGAAACUGAUCAAGACCCUGCCCAUCAUACAGAACCAGCUGGACGCUCUGCUGGACUUCGAGGCCAACCCCAACGAGCUGACCAACGGAGUGAUCAACGCCGCCUUCAUGCUGCUUUUCAAGGACUCCAUCCGCCUCUUUGCUGCCUACAACGAGGGCGUCAUUAACUUGCUGGAGAAAUAUUUUGAUAUGAAGAAGAACCAGUGCAAAGAAGCCCUGGACAUUUAUAAGAAAUUUCUCUACAGGAUGACCAAGCUCUCGGAGUUUCUCAAAGUGGCUGAGCAAGUUGGAAUUGAUCAGGGUGACAUACCAGAUCUUACUCAGGCCCCCAGCAGCCUGCUGGAAGCCCUGGAGCAGCACCUGGCUUCUCUGGAGGGGAAGAAAACCAAGGAAUUCUCCGCCGCCAGCAGAGCAAACACCCUGUCCAACGCAGUGUCCUCCCUGUCCAGCACGGGCAUGUCCUUCAGCCGCAUGGACGAGAAGGAGAAGCAGCAGGCCCUGGAAGAGGAGCAGGCCCGGCUGCAGUCUCUCAAGUUGGUGCAGGACCAGCGUCUGAAGGAGAUCGGCAUGCAGACCCCUACCGUCUCUCCCAGCACCCAGUCGGGGGGCAGCACCAACAACGCCACCAGCACGUCCGUGGAUCUGUUCUCCACACCAGCCACCGCCCCAUCCACUAACAGCAUGCCAAACCUCAACAGUGACCUGUUUGACCUCCAGCCGGCCUUCGUCCCCACUGUGCAGAGCACACCAGCCAUCUCCACCUCGGUCAACAGUGCCUGGGGAGGUCUGGAUGCCCACCCCAUCCAGCAGAGUGUUCCCAUGCCCACAAUGAGUGUAGAUUUUGAUGCUGUGUUUGGGAAUAAAGUUGCCAAUAACGAUGUGAAGCCUGCAUCUGGGUUCGAUCCGCUAGGAGACCUCCUGAAGCCCACUGGCACCGCCACCCAGAGCCAGCCUCCGCCUGUGUUGGGAGGGAAGCUGCUGGCUAAUGACCUGGACUCCUCCUUGGCCAACCUCGUGGGCAAUCUUCAGUUUGGAGGAACACCAGCAAAAAAGCCCGACAUGCACUGGACACAGCCCGGGGAGAAGAAGCUGACGGGCGGCACCAACUGGCAGUCCAAGACCAUGAGCACCACCACCGCCUGGAGCCCCGCGCCCCUGGCCCCUGCGCCCAUGCCCGUGCCGCAGAUGAACGGGAUGCUUUAUGCAGGCUACCAGGCACCUGCGCCCUUGGCGUUCCCCAUGACGACACCACAAGUGCCUAUGUAUGGAAUGGUCCCCCCGCAGAUGGGAGGAGUGCCCAUGAUGGCUUCCCAGCCAAUGAUGUUUAACCAGCCAGUCCUGAGACCCACCAAUCCCUUCACACCCAUCCCCGGAGCCCAGAUGCAGUUCAUGUAGUUCCAGCAAGGUUUUACCCUCGAAGAAGAAAACUAAAAACCAACACCAAAUACAGGGGGGAGAGAGAGAGAGAGAAACGGGAAGGUGACAGCACAGAGACUCUGAACUUUUGCGUUAUCGUGCUCCAGCCCCUUUGGUAACCAGCAGCCUCACACAGCAUUUGGCCCACUGUCUGCAACAGCCCCUCCGGCCUAUGAGGAUGGAGUCUGCUCCCGAUUGGAAACUCACCUGGGAUUUUGCAGGACCAGGCAGGGCAUCCAGGAAAAAAAGGAAAUUGGACCUGGGGGAAAUUUUGAGAUUUGGCGAGUUGACAAAAUGAGAGGAUAGAUUUUUUAUUUUUAUCAGCAAAGCACUAUGGCUUGCUGGUCAGUGAUUUUUUGUUUUUUGUUUUCAUUUUUAGUUUUUUUUAUUUUAAUGCCAUAUCUUUUCCCUUCCUCACUUCACCCUGAAGUUGAUCUCCUGAGUUAGGAUUCCUCUGGAGAUUGGAUUACUUAACUCAACUCACAGAUUUCCUGUUCCAUGGGUCCUCCUGUUGCUGUUGUGUGAGAGAGCUCUUGUUUGCCUGCUGCCUGGCCUCAGUUUACUCAUAUGCCUUUGUGAAGGUCUUGUUGACUUGGCAGUGGGAGUCUGGGGUGCCUCCCUGUUGGGCAUCCUCUUAGCUGACUUGUGUUAACUCAGGUCUUCCAUCGUCGUGGAGCGUUUUUCUGUUGUACCUCUUUUGGUGAAAGGCCUGGGUGAUAAGUAACCCAGGUCACCUGCAGUUUUACCACAUGUUGUAUUACAUUGCCAAGCCAUUUAGGAUUCUGUAUGUAACUUACUGAGAAAAUAUGGGUGUUUUCAGGAUCUGAACAGGACACCGGAAGUCUCUAAACUGGUGCUUUGUACUUUUGGGCACUUUAAGGUCACUGUGACAGCUGUGGUUGAGCACAGCAGGGCAGGCCGAGUCCUUUUGCAACCUGCGAGAAAUCAGAGCUGUCGAGUUUGAGUUUACACGUCUGUCUGUAAAGUCAGUAAUGAGAGUUAGCAUCUCCGCCUGAGGCAGAGGUAUUCAGGAGCAAUGCAGGCAGAUUUUAAAGGCCUGAGUUUUUCCCGGUCAGUGGUAUUUACAAGUCUUUCUCUAACGGGGAGGUUAUCUCCUCCUUUCCCUGUUCUUAUGGCUCAGAGGGUGUGGCCGGGUGUGUUACCCUGGGGAUUCUGUACGCAGUUUGGCUGCUUCAGACAAGAUGUUGUGUUAUAAGGUUUGGCCGUGAUUCGAUGUUUGUUACUAAUCUGUUGCGCUUGGCUCGUUUUUCUCUUGUGAUGAAACUCUUGUCGUCUCCGUCCGUGAUCUUUUUUUUUUUUUUUUUUUUUCCCCUGGCUUUGAGACCCUGUAAAUAUUUUUCCCUGUAUGUGUUUAGGUAAGCGAGCCCCUCUAUAUCAUGCAUGAGUGGAGUUUCUUUGUACGCCCAGUUGUGCCAUCUCUGCCUGGACGAUGGAUCAGGAUGGCCAUUUCAUGUUGUGAAGUGUAGACUUGCCAGAGAGGGUUUUAUGCCUUUGGACUGUUAAGAGCACUGGUUUCGUUUAGUUUUUGAAUUAUUUAUUUUGAAUUAAUUUUGUGUACGUGCACACACA